GCACAAUUUCUGCUGCCAGGAAAAUCAAACACUUCUAAGCAUUCGCCCGCUCAUAUUCUCCUCUUUCUGAUAGCCUUGUCGGUCAUCUUGGUCUGCAGAAGAAUAACAUCGAAUAUCUCGCCGACGCUUCCAUGGACCCCGCCGGUGCCACGUCCGGCGACCUCGAAAGUCGCUUCAUGGCGGCUUUCAAGGCGUCAGAGGAGCGAGGUGACGUACCCCUUGCUCGCGCGAUGGAGGUCGCGCGCUGUGUUGGCGCCGGCGAGGGACCGAACUCUGAGCUAGGGCAGAUCAUUGUAUCCGCCCUUUGCUUCGAGAACAACACGCCGUCGCUCUGGAAACUUCUCGACCAGGCCAUCGCCGUUCGGCUUCUGUCGCCUCUCCACAUCAUCGCGCUCCUCACGGCCAGGGUUAUUCCGCACCGUCGGGCGCAGCCGGAGGCGUACAGGCUUUACUUGGAACUCCUUAGUCGUUAUGGCGUGGCGUUGUCGUUGCGGGACUUCGGGUCUUCGAGGGAUAAGAUAACAAAAUCCAUUGAUGAUGCCCUGCAACUUUCACAUGCAUAUGGGAUUGAAAAAAUAGAUUUUAGCUAUAUGAUAGUGUUCUGUGUUUUAACCAUAAUCAUUCGUUUGAUGGAUGGCAUUCUAGAAGACUUUGGCAUGCAGUUUGCAUUUUCUGACAAAGAUGCAAAUAAAAGUGGUACUGAAACCUUCCAAGAUAUGGAUAUAGAUCCUGUAGGAAAUUCGAUUGACAAGAGAAAAGGGCACCGUGAACAACUUCAUAGAUGUAAUAUACUUAUGACGUUAGAAGUGGUGGAGAAAAUUACUGCCGACAAGAAGAACAAAGCUUUCCUUCGUCAUAUUUAUCUUAACAUGCCUGAGAAGUUCAACAGCCUCCUGGAAAGACUACAGCUGAUUGAAGUUCACAAAUCUACAUUACAGUCCUUGAUAUCAGGGAACUAUAUUUGGGCUAAGUUGUUUGCAAAUGUACAUGAAGUAUUGGAUGGCGAAUACAAAUCAAAUAGGUUUGGACUUCUUGGCGUACUAGUUGAUGCUGGAUUGAGUGGCCCCACUUUUAACUACUGUUUGGGAAAUGAUAGAUCAGCUUGUUGGAUCCCUUUUGAUAUUAUUAUGGAAAAUGCAAUGGAUGGAAGCCAUCUUUAUGCUAUUUCUUCUGUUGAGAUUCUUACAGAGUUAACCAAUACACUGCAAGUAUUUAAUCAAGCAAGUUGGCAAGAAACUUUCAUGGCUCUCUUUGUGUCUGCUCUGCGGCUUGUACAACGAGUUGAGAUUAUCUUUUGCUGCUUUUUUUUGGCGAAGCUUGACCGUGAACCUUGGGAAGGGCCGAUACCCCACCUUGACGCUCGAUUAUGCAUGCUCUUAUCCAUUGUUCCCCUAACAAUUGUUGCGGUUGUGAAAGAAGAAGUUCACAACCCUUAUCCUAGGAGCAGUUAUGAGUAUGACUUGGGGACUAAUAAGCUAACUCCUAGAAGGGAUGGACUAAUUUCUUCCCUUCAAUUAUUGGAGAGUUAUACGGCACUUCUAACUCCACCUCCAUCAGUUAUCAAUGCUGCAAACAACGCUGCUUCAAAAGCAGCAACAUUCAUUACAAAUUUCAGGAAUGGAAGUAGUAGUCUUGGCAUCUCCGGACAAAAAAAGGCAUCUUCUGUUAAAGCAGUUGGGAACAUGCUUCACCUUAUUGUUGAAGCAUGUAUUGCGAGGAAGUUGAUUGAUACGUCAGCUUACUUUUGGCCUGGGUAUGUAGUUCCAUAUGCAACAUCAAAAGAUUCCAUGCUAAUUCAGGAAUCUUCUUGGUCUACCUUCAUGGAAGGUGGCCAACUGAAUGGUUCGCUGGAAAAAAUUCUUAUCACGGUGCCUGCUUCAAGUGUUGCAGAGCUUGAGAAAUUAUAUGAUAAAGCACUAAAUGGUUCUGAAGAAGAGCAGCGAUCUGCUGCUAAGAUUUUAUGCGGCGCAUCCCUCCUUCGAGGGUGGAAUAUUCAGGAGCAUGCGGUACGCCUGGUAGUGAAGCUGCUAUCCCCUCCUAUUCCUGCAGAAUUUUCAGGAUCCGGAAACAGCAGUCAUUUGAUAGGUUACAUGCCCAUGAUAAGUGCCGUUCUUUUUGGAGUUUGCUCUGUUGAGGCAGUCCAUAUCAUAUCUUUGUAUGGGAUGGUUCCUGAAGUAGCUGCAGCUUUAAUGCCCCUUUGUGAGGCAUUUGGGACAUUUCCACCACAAUCCAUUCACAGAACAAGCCAUGUAGAUGAGACAUCAAUCGAUUCAGUAUUUUCAUGUGCCUUUCUCUUUCUUCUUCGCCUUUGGAAAUUUUAUAAACCUCCUCAGGAGCAUUGUAUAGCAGUUCGUGGUGGGACCAUCAGGGUUGAGUCAACUUUAGACAGUCUCUUAUUGAUGCAUAAUCACCGAAUUGCAUUUCAAGACUCUGGUAGUAUAGUUAAGUCCAAUAGCUCAACUGAUUCACCCAAAACAUUAUCAGGUGAACCUGUUUAUGUUGACUCAUUUCCGAAGUUACGAGCUUGGUACUUCCAAAACCAAGCAUGUGUUGCAUCAACUCUUUCUGGUUUGUGUAGUAAAAAUCCAGUCCAUCAAGUAGCAAACAAGAUUUUAGAUAUGAUAUGUCGGAAAAUGACUAAAGGUGGACCAGUUUCUGGUAAUCUGUCAUCAACUUCUAGUAGCAACAUAAGUGAAUCACCUGUAAAUUGCGCGGAAGAUGCUUGCCAGAGAAUCUUUCUUCCUGCAUGGGAGGUUCUAGAAGCUGUUCCUUUUGUUCUUGAGGCUUUUCUGACAGCAUGUGCCUAUGGCAGGCUUUCUUCUCGGGAUCUAACUACAGGUCUACGAGAUCUUGUGGAUUUUCUCCCGGCUUCACUUGCUGUAAUCAUCAGUUAUUUCUCCGCUGAAAUUACACGAGGCAUUUGGAAACCUGUUGCUAUGAAUGGAAUUGAUUGGCCGAGUCCUGCUGCAAAUCUUCUAUCAGUUCAAUUAGAGAUGAAGGAAAUCCUUGCUUCUGCUGGAGUCACCCUUCCAAAUGUUUAUGCGUGUGGCCCUGUACCGAUGCUUCCUUUACCAAUGGCAGCACUCGUAAGCCUAACCAUAACAUUUAAGCUGGACAAAAACAUGGAGUACGCUCAUGCCGUAAUCGGUCAGGCACUUGAGAACUGCUCCGCCGGGAGCCCAUGGCCAAGCAUGCCCAUAAUUGGAGCUCUUUGGACGCAGAAGGUUCGUCGUUGGCAUGACUUCAUUGUCCUCUCCAGCUCUCUCUCCCCCUUCACCUGCGACAAGGAAACUAUUGCCCAGCUAAUCAGAUGCUGUUUCUCCUCCUUUCUUAGUGGCUCCAAUUACCACGGUGUGAGUAGCCUCCUCGGCCACUCAAUCUCUACUGGCAAGAAUUUUCCCUUCACAAUCGGUCCAGGCUACCUCUACGUCCGCUCAUGCCGGUCCUUCCACGACACCCACUUCGUUAAUAACAUGAUCCUCAAUCUUGUCGUGGAAUGGACCCAUGAGCUUGCGGUCGGACGAGCAUGUAACAGCUCGACCGCCGCCCGGCUAUUGUCGAGCCGAUCAUCGCUUGCUUCAGCAGCUUCUGCUGUCAGAAAGGCAGCCACCUUAGGUGCAACCCUGCUGUGCAUUGCUGGAGGGCCUCUACUCUUACAGGUUUUAUAUGAGGAGACUUUGCCUGCAAUGCUGUUAUCGACCGGGGACUCCGGUGGCGGCGCAACUGGUCCUGCCACAGCAGCUGCAAGGUUGUUGGAGGGUUAUGCAAUGGCUUACAUGCUAGUUCUGUCAGGUUCAUUCAUCUGGGGCACCGGCAAAACUUCUCCGGCGUACACAUCUUUGUUCACAACGAGGCGUGCGAGGUCGGUGGGGAUGCAUUUGGAGUUUGUCGCCGGCGGGGUGGAGGGGAAAAUAUCAGUAGGGCGUGACCCGGUUACAUGGAGAGCCUAUGUGACGUCUCUUGUGGGGCUGUUGGUGAGGUAUGUGCCGGCAUGGAUUUUGGAAGUAAGGCAGCAAACGCUUAGGAAGCUGGCCGGUGGGCUGAGGGCCUGGGGAGAGAGUGAGCUUGCUGUGGCGAUUCUGCAGCGAGGGGGGACUGAAUCUUUGGGCCUGUUGGUUGAAUUUUUGAUGUAAUGGGAGGCUGGAGUGCUAGAUUAUUAGAUUUAUGAAGGUUUUGAUAGGCUGUUGUACAGAAAGAGUUUUGUUUUAGUUGGAGGUUUUGGGUAGUGUUACUGUUAGGCAAGUUAUUUGGAACAUUUAGGUCAAUUAAGAUAAAUUAACAUAUACAAGAUUCAAACUGAAGACUUCUUGAUUAGUAGUAAAAGUUCCCAAUUAAUAAAGAUGAUCUGUGUUAAGGCAA